AUGCUUGGAGUUCUCUGUGCCACUCGUCCAAAGCCCUGGCUCUUCUCCCUCGUCCAUGCCUCGCCGCCACGCUUCGCUCACGCCUCCGUCUCCCUCUCCGCAUCACCGCCUCGCCGCCACCAUUCCAGCGCUUGUACACUCUUUCGCUCCGCUGGGGGCGCUGCCUCCAUAUGGCACGCUAUCAUGCCACGCAGCGCUGACGGAUUCCGCCGCAGCGUUGUCGCCGUCCAUGACCUGAAGGGAGAGGGAUCGUGGAAUGUCGCAUGGGACACGAGGCCCGCGCGGUGGCUCCACCGUCCUGAUUCCGUGUGGCUCCUCUUUGGAGUCUGUGCUUGCCUCGCGCCGCAGGGUUGCGUCGACGCAGUUACCGAUUCCGACGACGUCGUUGCGGACGAGAGUUGUGGAGUUCUUGAUAAGGAACUGGAACAUGAGGUUGCUGCUGAUUACAGAGUCACUGGGGUACCUGCUGAUGGUCGGUGUCUGUUUAGAGCAAUAGCUCAUGGAGCUUGCUUGAGAAAUGGGGAAAAAGCACCUGAUGAGAAUCGUCAGAGGGAAUUGGCCGAUGAAUUGAGAGCUAAAGUAGUAGAUGAGCUGCUGAAGAGGCGGGAGGAAACAGAAUGGUUUAUAGAAGGGGAUUUCGAUACAUAUGUGAAGAGAAUUCAAGAGCCUUAUGUGUGGGGUGGAGAACCAGAGCUGUUGAUGGCUUCUCAUGUUUUGAAGACACCAAUAUCUGUUUUUAUGAGAGACACAGCCUCGGUUGAUUUGGUAAACAUAGCAAAAUAUGGUGAAGAGUACAGGAACGAUAAAGAGGAGAAUUCCAUCAAUGUGCUAUUUCAUGGAUAUGGUCACUAUGACAUACUAGAGACUGCAUGA